GUUUUCAAAUCAUAUCAUACGAGUAUAAUGUUACACUUUACGUACUCCAUACAUGAAAGAUGGUUAUUAUCCAUACGCUGAGAGAAAAAGGAGGUCCAGACGUGCCAUGGACAGUAAUUGUUGAAACGGAAACCAACAUUGUCUUACAUGAUUUGAAAGAGCACAACGAACUUCGAGAAUGGAAUAAAUUGAAACAAAAGCCCCGGAAGUACGAAUUCGAAGUCGAACUGUACGAGGGAUUUUUGGCCAGAGUGGUUGCACAUUUCCCACCAGAAUGGUAUCCCAACAUCAAAAAGUGUCGACGAAAAUACAGGAUUCUUUUACGCGUUUAUGGUGCCCCGGAGGAUCAACUCGUAACAGCAAAAUAUCAGGUCUCUUGGCCAUGGUACUUGGCUGUCGAAAAACACUUCGUCGUACUCGAGGCCGACGUUCGAGGCAGCGGAUAUCAAAGUUUGGAAAUGUCAAGUAAAAUUUGGCGUCAAUUAGGUAUUUUGGAGGUCGAAGAUCAACUCAAGAUCGUAAAGUAUUUUAUGGAUAAUGUAAAAUGUCUCAGUAAAGAGGGAGCAGGAGUGUUUGGCGAAGGUUAUGGUGGUUACACUGCUCUCAACGUCAUGGCUACUGAUACGCAAAAUUUAAUUCAAUGUUGCGCCGCAAUAUCGCCCAUUACGACGUGGGAACAUUAUUCUUAUACCUUCGGAACUCAGAUCUUCGGGAGCCCGACUUUAGACGAGGAACAUAAGUUGCUAUACGAACGAUCAAAUUUAUUACUAUUAAUUAAGUGCAUUAAUUUUUGUACAGAUCUUCGGGAGCCCGACUUUAGACGAGGAACAUAAGUUGCUAUACGAACGAUCAAAUUUAUUACUAUUAAUUAAGUGCAUUAAUUUUUGUACAGAUCUUCGGGAGCCCGACUUUAGACGAGGAACAUAAGUUGGUAUACGAACGAUCAAAUUUAGCGAUUCGUAUUCCUGGAUUAAGGGAUAAAGACUUCAUUAUCUACUCCGGUACGACUGACCACGAAGUGUUGAGGUACCACACGAAUAAUCUGCUGGCAGUACUUGCCGAGGAGGGUAUUAUUUAUAAGCAUCAGCAAUAUGUCGACCAAGGUCAUAAAAUACCCGACUUCCGGGUGAAGCUGUACGAACACGUUCAAGACUACUUCGAGCAAUGUUUCUCCGAAGCAACGAGGUCGGCAGAAGACAAUUAAAAAAUACAAGAUAUUAUUGCCCACGGACAUUUCUACCCAAUUAAAAGAAAAAGUUGGACCUUGAGUUGCAUCUCUGAUUAAAUAUAGUUUAAUGUACAGAAAAUUGUUAAAUAUCCUAGGUCAUGUAUAUAAUGGCCAAUUUAACGAGAGAAAUAUUUCCUAAUGAACUGUAAAUUAGAUUUCGAUAUAUGUUCUGAAUUUCUGCGACUUUAUUUCGCCUCAUUCUAUGACUGUAAAAUAAAAACAUAAUGGAUUGUUUAUAAAUAAUUGACUUCCCAAUAGUUUCGCAGCAUUCGGUAAGUUCCUUCUAGUAUUUAAGCCUCAAAUAUUGUUAUGUACCGUUUAUAAAAAAUUCAUUACCGAUUAAAAUUCCAGAAAAUAUAUAAUUCCUGCGUAUGUUAAAUACAGAUACAUAAUAGAACUUGUAACGAUGUAUUAUUAAUAGAGCUGAGUUGCGAUGAAAGAAUUUAAAAAGGUAGCUCGUUUGCACAGCUAUUCUAUCAGUCUAGUUAAUUGAGAAAGGAAGAAUGGCUGGCUAUCAAUUGCAAAGCAACACAUCUUGUUAUGCUUGCUUGUAUCGAUGAAAUAAGACAUGUGAAAGGAAAAAAUGAUCAUUCCUGUUGCAGCAGCGGUAUGUUAACGUACCUUACGAGACAAGAGGAUUGGAAGAGCUCGGAUAAAGGUCGCGGUGAAAUGUCAGGAUAAUUAUACUUUAAUACACUGGCUGAACCAUGAGAUUCGAUUAAACAGCCGCAGAAAACAAAUGAAACAGAUGAAACAUCAAAUAUCUCACAGUGCAUCUAUAAAAAUUACGGAUGUGUACUUGAAACGUACACUUAUUUUUAAAUUUACGAUUCAA